CGGCACAAUUUAACCUCCUAUGUUAUUGUACAUUGUAAAUGAUCAACAAAUUAAUUUAACAUUACUACCAGAAAUUGUGUUCCGUGUUGUGCAGUGAAAUGAGGAUAAUUUGUGAGGGUGAAUGUGGACAAGUCGUUAAAUUAAAUCUAACAAAGUGACAAUAUGUUCAGUGCCCUGAUAAUUGCAAUAUUAUUGUGGAAACAUGUUUUAGUGGAAAGCAUUCGUAUCAAAGAGCUUCAGGUCCCGGGUGUAGCGGCGGAAGGGGGACAGGCGCUGUUAGGCUGCCAGUUCGAUCUCGAAGGUGAUGAGUUAUACUCCGUCAAAUGGUACAAAGAUGGUAGAGAAUUCUACCGAUAUGUACCCUCUAACGACGAGGCCAUCUCCUAUUUUUCUAUGCCUGGGGUGUUUGUUGAUGUAUCUCAUUCAUCAAGCACUAUGGUCGCUCUAGAUCAUCUAACAAAGGACUCGGCCGGGCUCUAUCGGUGCGAAGUGUCUGGAGAAGCGCCCUACUUCGUUACAAUUUACAAAGAAAAAGCCGUCGAUAUACACCUAUUGCCAAAUAAUAAACCACGAGUGACAGGGCUAGAAAACGAGUAUAUAAUAGGUGAUUUACUAGAAGCAAACUGUACGUCAUCUAGGUCUCGUCCAAAAACUCAAAUAAUGUGGCUAAUAAACGACCAGCUGGCACUGAAAAAAUACACACGAGGACCCUGGGAAAGGAUAUCAAGAGAACGAGUCGAUGCUCGUGAGACUACGUUGGAGUUAAGGUUCUUUUUAAUGUCGCGCCAUUUUCGUGAUGGAGUGCUGACUGUCAAGUGUCAAGCUGCUCUACCCCCAUUAUAUCAAGAUGAAGUAAUGCAUCACAUUCUCCGAGUAGAUCCUGCUCCUAUCCCAAUAGACGACGGGGACAAUUUAGAUGCAGCACCACCUAUUUAUGAAAUGCCAGUGUUGAGUGAAAAUACUGGCUUUCUACCAGAUACAGAAUCUGAUAAUGACGAACUCGUCAUAGAAAGCUGUGGAUGCACUGCUAAUUCCGUUUGGGGCAUUAUUCCAUCGACAUUCGUAUUUCUAAUUAUAUUAUAG